GACUUGACACCGUGUAUUGUGAGUUUUGGCCAUGAUGYUGUGAUGUCCAGCAGCUCUUUUUCUUUCUUAUCGCUGCAACUUGUGGACUCUCUAAUCCACAUAAUCUCGUGAUGCUUCUCUAAAUCCAUCCAAUCUGUCGCGUGCCUGUACUUAACAGCCCGACUUGAUAAAUCUGGGUCAAGAAGGUAGAGUGGAGAUGCAGCUGCUGUGCACCAAGACUUCAGCAAGCAUCGUUUCACAACUUUAGAAACAUUUUUAAGAUCAAAAUCCUCCAGGAGCGUAUCGACAGAACUGCAUGGAAGCUUGAGGUUCAGAGAGGAGGAUUUGAGGAUUCCACCWAGAAAAUGGAACUUCAAGAGCACACCAAAACCUGCUGGAGCCAGUAUUUUUGUGAUCAGCCACAGAUGGAGUUUGCAGAGCUGGAGGAACAUCCAGAUCCGUACUGCAGCUUCUGGACUGAUUCUGACUCUGCCAGAGUCAAGAGUGCUCGAUCGUUUGCCGUGGAUGCCAGAAUAAGACUUGAUAGUCUGAAGUCUGGGUGCAAGUCACACCGCUGCGACGUGGACAUCAAGUUCUACAAAUAUAACCGAGAAAAAGACCUGUGGGUUGGAGAGGACUCACCGACAGAMGAGUCUGCUCUGGACCUGGUGGAGAUCUUAGAUUUAGAGGAUAACAUGCUGGAUGAGGAGAGCUGGCUGUACAAACCUCAAAGUCAGCAGUCGUUAGCGGAGAAGGAGUCUGCCCUCAGGUGGUGUCGACACGUCUUUGAUAACCCGAGCCCUGAGAUGGAGGCAGCCCGCCGGGUGCUGAUGAACAAGCUGGAGCAAAGAUCCAGAUACGACUACUACAGACCUGCAGCAGAUUCUCAUCUCUCUCCCAGUGGGGACGAAACAUCAGGCCGCUCAGCACCCAGUGACUCUGAAAGUUUAGAUCAUAAUGAGGUGAACCUCUCCCACAACUCCAUAACUACAAACUACAGACUGCAGGAUAUCUCAGAUGUUCACAUCUUGGCCAAAAUACAGGAAGACAGUUUAAGGCAGGAAUAUGUUUCCAUACCUUCUCCUGUUCUGUUCAGGAGAAACCAAGAGACACAAAGAGCUUGUGACUUAAAUAAAACCAAGGAUUCAGAUUCUUCUUGCUGGGAAGCUGCAUCACCAUUACUGAGCUCUUCCUGCUGCGAGUCACCAACAUCAGUGAAGCAGGGCUGCCAAAGUCCUAAACUGAGCAGACUUCACCAACAAGUCACCCAGUUCAAGCUGCUCAGACUGGCUCAGAAUCCAGAAGCAUCACCUGGUAAGACGAGGUCACCUCUGGGGACGAGCCUCCGUUCCCUGCAGGCCAUCAGGAACAGCCGAAGUUUAGAGGUUGAUGAUUACCAACCUGCUGGCUCUCUAUCAGGUGUGUUAUCAGCCAGAAUAGGAUCAGCCGGCUGUGGGUCUCCAUCACUUUCGGCAACAUCUCUCAGCUUCAGUAAUCCGAUGAGAGGCGCGUCGGCCCAGAUAACGGCCAUGAAAAAACUGCAGAGGUCUCAGUCUCUCAGKCCCAGCAGGAUGGCUCACCCUGCCAGGGGUUACCUGUCUGCUCAUGGACGCGUUUUUGCCUCCCCAGAGAGGCCGACCACUGCAGCGUGGGGCAGGCACGUGUCAUCCGUUCAACGGUGAAAGACUUCACUGAUAAACAUCAUGAACGCAGUCAAACCAUAAAGAAAGAUAAAAACAUCUAUCUUAGAGUGUCUCRGUUACAGAAUYUYCUUUGUUUGGAGUUUCUGUUAAAGUGAUUUUCAAGCUACUUGUAGAAACAUCGACACAGACGUGGGAAAGUGCAGUUGAGCUUUACUUCAGUGUGGCGAGCUGAAAGAUCUGCCUUUGCAGAUUUGUUGCAACAGGAAGUGUGCAGCUCACCAUAACAGGAGAGAAACCAAAUGAUUGAACGCUUCAGAAAAGGAAGUGUCAUUAGCAGGAAACAGUGGUGUGGGUGUGCUGUUAUUAUUCAGCGUACACGUAAUGACUGUAUUUUUGUCAGCAUAGUGUAAAAGUUCCAGCUCUGAAGGCUCAUUUGUCUUUGUGCUUUUGUUGYCUUUACCUGAGAGCAAUAGUUCUUCUUCUGUGGUUUAAAUAAGGGCAUAACUUCCAGUCUACUAUUGGGGAAAUUAUACUAUCUCCCUAUUUAUUUAUUUAUUUAUUGAAUUGUUUACUUUUUUGAAACAAUUCAGAAUAUUUUGGGGUUAAAAUACAUUUUAAUGUUUUGUGAUUAAUUAAUUUUCCUGUUUUCUUUGUAUUUAUUCUGCACCUUUUCUGUUCCACGUCAGUUUAAUUAUUAAGAAUAGGCCAACCUUUUUUGCUUUAUUGUGGGUUUAUAUUGUCGGGAUCAAAUGAUUGUGGGGGGUCGUUACCCCCCUGCAAAUUACGCCCAUGGGUUUACAACCUUUCACACAUCAAUGGCAGGUUACCACAGUCUGUUUCUUUGUUCUCUGGGUUAGUUUUGCUUCAGGGAAAUAAAAAGCAAAGUUGAAUAAAGUUUGUAGUUGGGAGUGCCACCUUUUCUGAAACGUGUCUAAAGAAAACACAUGGAGAGAAUGAAAAUGAGCAAAAUAUCUCUGGAAACAUCCCUUAAGAUGAAUCCUUUUUUAAGUUCAGUGUUGUAAAUGUAAAAAAUAAAUAAAAUAAUGUUAACAAUUUA